CUAAAACCUCGCCCCAUGGAUUUCUCCGAGCAGGACGUGGACGUCUUCGGAGAAGACUACGACGGCGGCGGCGGCGGCGGCGGCGGCGACGGCGGCGGCGGCGGCGAGCGUCGGAGCGCGAACCGCCAAUCGUCUUCCGGAUCGUCGUCGCGGUCGUCCUCAUCGUCCUCUUCCUCUUCGGCGGCGUCGUCCUCGUCGUCGUCCGGAUCUUCGUCCGACGGGGCGGAUAGCAGCAGCGACGGCGGAAGCCCUCGCAGUGGCGGGAGAGGAGACGACAACGGAGAGGAUUUGGAGAAUGUUAGUGGCGUGACGAACAGUCACCGCAGUGAGUUCGAAGAGAAGGAGACCGAUCUGUUCGGGUCCGAUAACGAGGAGUACUGUAAAACUCCGGCUACUAGUCGUUUUCCGAUUCCCGUACUGCCCCCUAUGCGCACCAAUAACAGUCAGGGCAGAGGGACCUUUGGUCGUGGUCGGUGGCAGGCUGGGCAUUCGAAUGGUAGAGGAGCAGGUAUCCUUCCCCGGCCUGGACCUUAUCCGCCAAGGCAAAACUAUGGUUACGGACCGAAGUUUGCCAAUGGUCAUCGCGACGAGCGUUUUGUUUCUGAACUUAAGCUUUCCAAGAGCGAAGAAACAUUAUCGAGGAGAUGCAUUGCAUUUCAGGAGCCAUGUGAACUUGCUUGCUAUAGCCGUGUAGAAGGUGGACAUGUCUACUUUGAUGAUCGCAACUUGAGGCUCUUUAAACGUUUAAUAACAGAAGACGUGGGAGCUGAUCUCAAUGAAGGUUUUGACACUUUUAUUGAGAAAAAAGAAUUGGGUUCCGAGGGUUUUGGUGACCUUCUUGCUUGCGUAAGGGACAAAAAUAUCCCGCUGCAGAACAUCCAUUUUGUGACAUUCCGGAACAACCUCAAUAAGAUAUUGGCUACAGCUUAUAUUAGGAAUGAGCCCUGGGAGAUGGGGGUGCAUAAAAGGAAUGGGGUUGUCUACCUUGAUGUUCACAAACUUCCAGAAAGGCCUCAAAGUGACUUAGAUCGCAGAAGAUGUUACUGGGGAUAUUGCUUUGAGAACCUUGCAACUGAAGACCCCCAAAGAGCUGUGGGAGAAGGGAUACAUCAUGUCGACGCCAAUGUUGAAUACUGUUCUGUGAUAAAAACUAAAUUAGGGGCUCAUCGGAUAUUGAUGGGGGCUGAAAUGGAUUGUUGUGAUUCAGCUGAUGAUGGAAGGAGAUUUUAUAUCGAGCUAAAGACCAGCCGUGAGUUAGAAUAUCACACUGAAGAAAGAUAUGAGCGAGAGAAGCUCCUCAAGUUCUGGAUUCAAACCUUCCUGGCUGGUGUUCCUUGUAUAGUUGUUGGAUUCAGGGAUGAUGCCGGCCGGCUUGUCCGGACAGAGAGAUUAAGAACCAAAGACAUAACUCAGAGAGUAAAAAUGAAGAACUAUUGGCAGGGAGGAGUGUGCCUGGCAUUUGCUGAUGAAGUCCUCUGCUGGCUGUAUGGAACAGUCAAAGAAAAUGAAGACUACAUACUGCAGUUUGCUCCACCGUUUAAUCGUUUGGAGCUUCUGCAAGCUAACUCUUGCCCCGAUGCGAUUACUAACCAUGUCGAGCAAUUGUGACAUUUUCGGAGAUUUACCCCAAAGAUCAACGGAAGCAAGAGGGUAUGUUUCUAUGACUUUAACACCUUUUCCCCAUUUUUUUUCUGUGUUGCCUCAAGUACAAUAUGAACCGAAGCCAACUCUCUAUCCGUAAUACUGAAUUUGGCAGUGCCCAUUUUUCAUCUCCCCAGAAGCUUUCUGACCUUGUAAAUUCGGCAAAGUGGUUAACUGAAGAUAUUGGUUUGCUAACUCAAGCAUCGUCAGAAGUUUUGCUCAGGCCAUCUUAAAUGCAACCAUAAGCCGGGAUCACGAUUCGCGGACGUGUUAUAGAAGUUUGCUUAGAACUUCUAGCACGAGAAACGUCUUCCGUUUCCCGGCUCUGUCUGUGCAUCUAAUUAAUCAAAUUUUGUUGAAUCUGCUGCUAUAAUUACCUGCAAUCGGCAACUAGAAAUCCGGCGGUCAUUCAUGACUUCAUCCCUAAGAUGAUGGCAUAUGCUCGCGGUUGGCAGUUUGUCUAACGGAAUGUUCAGACAGUGCUCAUAAAGCUGGUUUUUUUAUUCUACCGUCA